UCCCGGCCACCAAGGGGUGCGACCCCCCACUGGCCCCGCCUUCCCGGCUGCGGCCCGGCCAAUCAGAGCGGCUUUUACUGGCGGGUGGGCCGAGCCGGCCCAGCUGCUCGGAGGCUCUGGCAUGUCGGUUCCCGAUUCUGGUCCCCGGCCCCCAGCAGCGCCUGCCCCCUUCCCACCGGGGCCCCCCAUGAUGCCACCACCCUUCAUGCCCCCUCCAGGAAUCCCCCCGCCCUUUCCUCCGAUGGGGCUACCCCCCAUGAGUCAGAGACCACCAGCUAUCCCCCCCAUGCCACCUGGCAUCAUGCCCCCAAUGCUUCCACCAAUGGGGGCGCCACCACCACUCACACAGAUCCCAGGAAUGGUACCUCCCAUGAUGCCAGGAAUGCUGAUGCCAGCGGUGCCCGUCACUGCAGCGACGGCUCCAGGUGCGGACACCGCCAGCUCUGCUGUGGGUGGGACAGGUCCUCCGAGGGCCCUAUGGAGUGAGCAUGUGGCCCCUGAUGGGCGCAUCUACUACUACAAUGCUGACGACAAGCAGUCCGUGUGGGAGAAGCCCAGCGUGCUCAAGUCCAAGGCAGAGCUGCUGCUGUCCCAGUGUCCCUGGAAAGAGUACAAGUCGGACACAGGCAAACCUUACUACUAUAACAACCAGAGUAAGGAGUCCCGCUGGACCCGGCCCAAGGACCUGGAUGACCUGGAGGCUCUAGUUAAACAGGAGGCUGCAGGGAAACAGCAGCAGCAGCUGCCACAGACACUACAGCCGCAGCCUCCUCAGCCACAACCUGACCCCCCACCUGCGCCUCCUGGCCCCACCUCAGUGCCCACAGGCCUCCUAGAACCUGAGCCAGGUGGGAGUGAAGAUUGCGAUGUGUCAGAGGCUGCCCAGCCCCUGGAGCAGGGGUUCCUUCAGCAGCCGGAGGAGGGCCCCAGCAGUUCUGCUGGACAGCAUCAGCCACCACAGCAGGAGGAGGAAGAAUCAAAGCCAGAACCAGAGAGGUCUGGCCUCAGUUGGAGCAAUCGGGAGAAGGCAAAGCAGGCCUUCAAGGAGCUGCUAAGGGACAAGGCUGUCCCCUCCAACGCCUCGUGGGAACAGGCCAUGAAGAUGGUGGUCACCGACCCCCGUUACAGUGCCUUGCCCAAACUGAGUGAGAAAAAGCAGGCAUUCAAUGCCUACAAGGCGCAGCGGGAGAAGGAGGAGAAAGAAGAGGCCCGGCUAAGGGCCAAGGAGGCCAAGCAGACCUUGCAGCAUUUCCUGGAGCAGCACGAACGCAUGACCUCCACCACCCGCUACCGGCGGGCAGAACAGACCUUUGGGGAGCUGGAGGUCUGGGCUGUGGUCCCUGAGAGGGAUCGAAAAGAGGUUUAUGAUGAUGUCCUCUUCUUCCUGGCCAAGAAGGAGAAGGAACAGGCCAAGCAGCUCCGGCGCCGCAACAUCCAGGCCCUGAAGAGCAUCCUGGAUGGAAUGAGUAGCGUCAACUUCCAAACCACAUGGUCCCAGGCCCAGCAGUACCUCAUGGAUAACCCCAGCUUUGCUCAGGACCACCAGCUGCAGAACAUGGACAAGGAAGAUGCGCUGAUCUGCUUUGAGGAGCACAUCCGAGCUUUGGAGAGGGAGGAGGAGGAGGAGCGAGAGCGGGCCCGUCUUCGAGAGCGGCGCCAGCAACGCAAGAACCGGGAGGCCUUCCAGACCUUCCUGGACGAGCUGCACGAGACUGGGCAGCUGCACUCUAUGUCCACCUGGAUGGAGCUGUACCCAGCGGUCAGCACUGAUGUCCGCUUUGCCAACAUGCUGGGCCAGCCGGGCUCCACCCCUCUGGACUUGUUCAAGUUCUAUGUGGAAGAGUUGAAGGCACGAUUCCAUGAUGAGAAGAAGAUCAUUAAGGACAUCCUUAAGGACCGGGGCUUCUGCGUGGAGGUGAACACAGCCUUUGAAGACUUCGCCCACGUCAUAAGCUUUGACAAGAGGGCUGCUGCGCUGGACGCAGGCAACAUCAAGCUGACCUUCAAUAGUCUGUUGGAGAAAGCAGAGGCGCGGGAGAGAGAGAGGGAGAAGGAGGAGGCACGAAGGAUGCGGCGCAGGGAAGCUGCCUUUCGAAGCAUGCUGAGGCAGGCCGUGCCUGCUCUGGAGCUGGGCACUGCCUGGGAAGAGGUCCGUGAGCGCUUUGUGUGCGACUCAGCCUUUGAGCAGAUCACCCUGGAGUCGGAGCGGAUCCGGCUCUUCCGGGAGUUUCUGCAGGUACUGGAGACUGAAUGCCAGCACCUCCACACCAAAGGCCGAAAACAUGGCAGAAAGGGCAAGAAGCACCAUCGCAAGCGUUCCCACUCGCCCUCAGGCUCUGAGUCAGAAGAGGAGGAGCUGCCCCCACCGUCUCUCCGGCCCUCCAAGCGGAGGAGGCGGAACCCCUCGGAGUCAGGCUCUGAGCCCUCUUCCUCACUUGAUUCCGGUGAAAGUGGGGGUGCUGCCCUUGGAGGACGAGGCUCCCCAUCCUCCCGCCUUCUCCUUGGAUCAGAUCAUGGUCUUCGGAAAGCCAAGAAACCAAAAAAGAAAACUAAGAAGAGAAGACACAAGUCGAACAGUCCUGAGAGUGAGACAGACCCUGAGGAGAAAGCUGGCAAGGAGAGUGAUGAAAAAGAGCCAGAACAGGACAAGGACAGGGAGCUCCGGCGAGCAGAGCUCCCUAACCGCUCCCCAGGCUUUGGAAUCAAGAAGGAGAAGACGGGCUGGGACACGUCGGAAAGCGAGCUGAGCGAGGGUGAGCUGGAAAGGCGGCGGCGGACACUUCUGCAGCAGCUGGAUGACCACCAGUGACCUGACAAGCCGCUCUGCCUUGGGUCUGUGUGAGGCUCUGGCUUCUAGGUCACCCUCACCGUCUGCCCCAGACUCCUUCCUUAGUCUGUUCUGUGUCCACUUUUCCUCAAGUAACCCCACCCCUAACACACCAUUGCUGGCACCUCCCAAAGUUGCUUGUGGUGUUGAAGGGUCCCCACUUCCCAGACGAAUAGUGCAGUCCUUGCCCUCAGCCCCAGACAAGAGAUUGGUGGUGUAUGCCCUGUGGGGUGGGUGGUGCCAGUAGAUAAAAUGUGAGAAGGGCCUCCAGGGAAGAGUGACAGGCUGGUGGACACAGCCUGGGUGGCGGAGGGCGGGGUCCUUACCCUCUAGCAUCAGUGCCUGCUCCUGCCUGCCCAGGCCCUAGGGUUCCACCACUCCUUCCUCCAGCCCUGGGACCCUGUGUAUGUGUGUUUUGUUUUGUUUUUGUUUUUUAAAUAAUAUUUAUAACAUGG